CAACUUCAAUCACGAUUGGUGAAUAAUUUCCUUGGAGCCUAAGGUCGUGUCUGCCAGGUGAAGAAUAAAAAAAAAAAGGAAAAAAGUAGCGUGGGCAACACGAACAGUAAACUUUAUUCUGACCUAAAACCUGAUAAAUUCCGUCUCUCUUGAGCUGAAAUUCAUUCAGCGAUUAACUUGCUAACUAUGGCUUUAGUCAGGAGCUGCUUCAACUUCAUGGUGGGCACAGUCUUCGGCAUCUACUUGGCUCAGAACUACAACGUACCUAAUAUCAAUAAGCUAGCCGGCACUGGCGCUUUGAUGUUCAAACAUUACGAAGAAACGUAUCGCAAGCCCAAAAAGACUGACCAAGACGAUUAGUAUGUCUGUUGAAUUACGUUUAUUCCAUGUUCUCUGCAAUUAUUUAUUUUAAGAGGGAUAUUGUACUGGGUUUAACUAUGUUUGACAUAUUGAAUUAUUAAUAGAAAAUUGAAGAAUUAGUUUGCGGA